UUUAGUUAUAGGGCCAUUACAGGAAACCCACAGUCACACCUCAGCCUGCUCAAUGCAGCAAUGCAAAGAAAAUAGUUAUCUAGAGCACACCUUACUAGAAAAAAGUUGCAAUCAUUGGUACAAAAGAAUAGAGUAGAGAAAACCUAAGAGUAGUUUCCCGGCCAGACUGUUUCAACCAGCACAUAUACGUUAUCACCAGAGAGAGGGUUACAGCAUUCAAUCUGUACAUCAGAAAAGAAGAGAUUGGGUAAGAUGAACACAACCGAGGCCACCAGCACAGACGAUUACAGUGGCGAUAACUACUAUGGCAACAUGAUCAGCCCCUGUAGCACUGGUACCAGUCUAACCCAAGGGUCCAACUACCAGCCCAUUCUCUUCUACCUGGUGUUCACCCUGGGUCUGACAGGCAACAGUCUGGUGCUCUGGGUCCUCCUCAAGUACAUGAAACUGAAGACCAUGACAGACAUCUGUUUGCUGAACCUAGCCCUAUCUGACCUGCUCCUUGCCCUCUCCCUGCCUCUCUGGGCCUACCACGCCCAAGGUCAUGAGUUUGAAGGUGACAGUCCAUGUAAGAUCAUGGCUGGUGUCUACCAGGUGGGAUUCUACAGCAGCAUCCUGUUUGUGACCCUGAUGAGUGUGGAUCGCUACCUGGCCAUCGUUCACGCCGUGACCGCCAUGAGGGCCAGGACGUUGCGAUAUGGAGCGCUGGCGAGCAUCAUCGUCUGGGUAGCGUCCAUCGGCGCUGCUCUCCCUGAAGCUAUCUUCGCAGCAGUAGUGCGGGAGGAUGACGAGGACAUUGGUUCAAGUUGCCAGCGGAUUUACCCAGAGGACACAGAGAAGACAUGGAAGUUGUUACGGAACUUAGGUGAAAACGGAGUGGGGCUCGUCCUAUGUCUGCCCAUAGUGGUCUUUUGUUACAUCAGUAUUCUCACUGUACUACAGAGGUUAAGGAACUCCAAAAAAGACAGGGCCAUGAAACUGAUAUUCGCCAUCGUGGGUGUGUUUGUAGUCUCCUGGGUCCCUUACAACGUUGUGGUUUUCCUCCGGACCCUUCAGAUGUUUGACAUUGGGAAUAGCUGUGAGGCUUCAACACAGGUUGAUAGAGCUAUGGAGGUGACAGAGACUAUAGCGCUGGCUCACUGCUGUGUCAACCCAGUCAUCUACGCUUUUGUAGGAGAGAAAUUCAGAAAGUGUUUGGGCACUGCGCUCUCUAGAUAUCCGCUGUGUAAAAAGCUCAGCAAACAUGCAAUGGUGAGCAGCAGAGGAUCAGAAAAUGAGACUUCUAACACACCUGUGUGAUUGUACUGAUGAAAGACAGUACUUUCACUGCCGAAAACCUGUUUGAUGCAUUUUCAUUGAGCAGAAGACCAAUUUCUGUUCGUAUGGAAUAAUGAAGUAUUCUUCUGAACACAGACUUGCAUAUAAAUUAAGUGUAACUGUAUAAUAUUUAACUUUAAAUGUAUUUUGAUGAGCUCUGACUAUUUGUUUAAGGGUGAUGGGCUGUUUAUGUUUUGAUUACCCAUGUACUUAUUUCAUGUACAGUACAGGCCUGCACAAAAUGUUGCUAUAGCAUAAUAUCAAUAUGUUUUGCAUAGAGAUUAUUUCAACUUUUAUUCUUAUUGUAUGCACACAUUUUUGUUACAACAUUAAAACACAACUAGGGGCAGGGUUGUGGCCAGAGGACUGCUGCUGGAUGGCCAGUGGCUGUCUGUAUACUCAUUGGCUACAUUUUCUGGCCAAAUAUUAUUUUGGUCGAAUUUUGACCGUCCUUUGAUUGAGGACCUGUUUUGAUAUUAACUUGAACUUGGACUUCGAGUCAGGAAUUUGACCUUUUGGAUUAUUUUGAACUUUUGUUGGCUGAGUAGGUAUUUGUGUUCCUUUCUGGAGGGUUUUCUCAAUAAAUCAACCUGUGAAUUUUGUUGUGCUCAAACAUA